ACGGCGGGCGCUAAGAUGGCGGCGGCGGCGGCCGUGGCGGGGGCGGGGCGCGGCGGCGGCGGCGGCGGUGGCGGCGGCGGCGGCGCAGGCGGCGCAGAGCCCCGGCAGGAGCGGAGCCGGGCGCGGGGCUGGGCCGGCGCCGAGCGCGGCGAAGGCCGGAGCAGGAUGGAGCCAGGUGAAGAGAUGGAGGAGGAAGACUCUCCAGGCGGCCGUGAGGAUGGCUUCACUGCUGAGCACCUGGCCGCAGAGGCCAUGGCAGCUGACAUGGACCCCUGGCUGGUGUUUGAUGCCCGAACCACACCUGCUGCCGAGCUGGAUGCCUGGUUGGCCAAGUACCCACCAUCCCAAGUUACUCGCUAUGGGGACCCUGGCUCGCCCAACUCUGAGCCUGUGGGCUGGAUUGCAGCAUAUGGGCAGGGCUAUGUCCCCAACUCGGGUGAUGUGCAGGGCCUGCAGGCAGCCUGGGAAGCUCUGCAGACCAGCGGGCGGCCCAUCACACCGAGUACCCUGCGCCAGCUGGCCAUCACCCAUCAUGUGCUCUCUGGCAAGUGGCUGAUACACCUGGCACCUGGCUUCAAGCUGGACCACGCCUGGGCUGGCAUUGCUCGGGCUGUGGUCGAGGGCCGGCUUCAGGUGGCCAAGGUGAGCCCACGGGCCAGGGAGGGUGGGCGCCAGGUCAUCUGUGUUUACACGGAUGACUUUACGGACCGCUUGGGUGUACUGGAGGCAGAUGCUGCCAUCCGUGCGGCAGGCAUUAAGUGCCUGCUCACCUACAAGCCUGACGUCUACACCUACCUGGGCAUCUACCGGGCCAACCGCUGGCACCUCUGCCCCACUCUCUAUGAGAGUCGUUUUCAGCUGGGGGGCAGUACCCGCGGCUCCCGUGUGCUGGACCGCGCCAACAAUGUGGAACUAACCUAGUGUGGCCAAGGGGGGGGAGACCACCUAUUGCCCCUUUCCCCCCGCUCCCUGCUAGGGUUGGAUCCUCCCAUCUUCCUCCUCUUUGUCCCAAGGAGUUUGAGCCCCCUAGCUCUGAGGACUACGCCAAUCGGGAACUGCCUGCAUCUUCGAUCCCUUUGAACUCUUGCCCUCCGUUCAGGGCUGACUCAAGUCCCCACCAGCUGGAGGCUCUGGCUCCCUGAGGGCCGGACCCUCAGCCUCUCUUUUCACUGCUGCUCCCCUCGGUCAUCCAGGACCACAGGCUGGGUACAGAUUCCCAGGAGGAGAGCCUUCCUUGGCCACCCUCAUCCCCAGCUGUACCUCCCUCUCCUCCUAAAUCCUUUCCUUCUCUUCCCUCACAAGAGAGAAACAUUAGUGCUUCCAGUCCCUCUUGGAGCCUUCAGUCCAAGGGGCAAAGGCCCUGCAGGCCUAAGCAUGCUAUUUUGUUGGGGGGGAGGGGGUGAUUGUACCCACUCAGCCCUUGGCAGAGAGAAGGGGUGCCAGGGCCAUGGACAUGGGGCCUGCCCCUCCCUGCCACCUCAUACAGCCUGCACCACCUUCCUUCCUUCCUUUACUACCUUGACAUGUGCCUGCUCCUGGCAUUUCAAUAAAACCCAGUUUGGGUGUG